AUGUCCAUACCUCCAGGCGCACCUCAGCCAUCAUAUAUUCUACGCGGACAUGCGACUCCAAUACAUGUAGCGAAGUUUAUACGAGGAAAUACGAGACUGGUUACGGGGGAUGCGGAGGGAUGGGUUGUGAUGUGGAGUUUGGAGAGUAGGAGGGGGACUGCGGUUUGGAGGGCGCACGAGGGGGUUUUGCUGGGGGUAGGGGAGUGGGGAGAGGGGGUUAUUACGCAUGGAAAAGACAAUAAACUCAUAAUAUGGAAGCUUCCCCCAUCAGAGGAGGAAUUCAUGAGCAAAGUUCUUCCCGUUGAUACCGUCUCGGAAGAGAGGAGAAAACCAUGGAUUCUACAUAUGUUAGAUGUCAACACCAUGAAUUUCUGCGCCUUUGCUAUGUGUCCCUUGUACACGGAUAUCAAAGUAAAGGAGGCCGGAGAGAAGGGGAAAGACGAAGAAGCGGAAGCGGAAAUUGAAAAAGACGAGAGAAGUGAAGAUCAAUUGUUAAUUGCAGUCCCGAAUACGUUAACAUCCGAAUCAAUCGAUAUCUUCCAUAUUCCUACUCUCCAUCGCCUACAUAAUAUUCCUUCGCCUGGACCAGAGAAGCCAGGCAUGAUCAUGUGUCUAUCGCUCUUUUUCCAUCCCAUCACUAAAUGCUUAACCGUUCUCUCCGGCUAUGAAGAUGGUUCAGUUUCCGUUUUCUCCUUCACUUCGCCUAUCUCGCCACCCUCUUCUUUUCCUUCAGCUGUACCUUCAUCUCAACCAACGAAAUGGAACACCAUAUACCAUUCCAAAUCGCACAUUCAACCAGUCCUCUCCCUCUCCCUUGAUCCAAGCCCCGACCGCAAAUUCUUCCUCACUAGUGGUGCUGAUGAUCGAAUCAUCAAAUAUUUAAUCCCCACCACUACAAAUCCCUUUUCUCCUUCUCCAUCAACAUCAAAUUCAAAAUCGAUCAUAAGCUCCGCUAAAGAGGAGCCCAAAAUGCUGAAAACAGCACAUGCGGGACAACAAAGCAUAGAAACGCGAAACGAUGGGAAGAUUGCCGUGACAGGCGGAUGGGACGGGAGAGCGAGAGUUUACGGAGUGGCGAAGAUGAGGGAAUUGGCGGUGCUGAAGUGGCAUAAGGAUGGGUGUUUUGCGGUUGCGGUUGCGGAUGUUUUGGAAGGGGGGAAAAUGGAGAGGGGAGGGGAUGGGAAGGGGAAGGAGUUGGUGGGGAGGCUGGGGCAAUUGGAUGUUAAAGGGGAGAGAUUGAGGAAGGCGAGGGAAACACAUUGGGUUGCUGUGGGAGGGAAGGAUGGGAAGGUUAGUUUGUGGGAUGUUUAUUGA